AUGUCAGAAAAGAUGUCCAGCUUCCUCCAUAUAGGGGACAUCUGUUCCCUAUAUGCUGAGGGCUCCACUAGUGGUUUUAUCAGCACCUUAGGGCUUGUGGAUGACCGCUGUGUGGUUCAACCUGACACAGGUGACCUUAACAACCCACCCAAGAAAUUCAGGGAUUGCCUUUUCAAACUGUGUCCAAUGAACAGAUACUCGGCGCAGAAACAAUUCUGGAAGGCAGCAAAACCCGGAGGCAACAGCACAACUGACACAGUUCUUCUUAAUAAACUCCAUCAUGCGGCUGACUUGGAAAAGAAGCAGAAUGAGUCUGAGAACCGUAAGUUGCUGGGAUCAGUCAUCCAAUAUGGAAAUGUUAUUCAGCUCCUGCAUUUGAAAAGCAAUAAGUACCUGACAGUGAACAAGCGUCUACCUGCAUUGCUUGAAAAGAACGCCAUGAGGGUGACGCUGGACUCGGCUGGAAAUGAGGGGUCUUGGUUCUACAUCCAACCUUUCUACAAAUUGCGGUCCCUGGGAGACAGUGUGGUGAUUGGAGAUAAAGUUGUCCUUAACCCUGUGAAUGCAGGACAGCCUUUACAUGCCAGCAGUCAUCAACUCGUUGACAACCCAGGAUGCAACGAGGUUAAUUCUGUAAAUUGCAACACAAGUUGGAAAGUUGUUUUAUUCAUGAAAUGGAGUGACAACAAGGAAACCAUUCUUAAAGGGGGAGAUGUUGUUCGGUUGUUCCAUGCAGAGCAGGAAAAGUUCCUCACAUGUGAUGACCACAGAAAGAAGCAAUAUGUGUUCCUUAGAACAACUGGCCGCCAAUCAGCCACAUCUGCCACCAGCAGCAAGGCACUGUGGGAAGUAGAGGUGGUCCACCAUGACCCAUGCCGGGGGGGUGCAGGCUACUGGAACAGUCUGUUCAGGUUUAAACAUUUAGCAACUGGUUGCUAUUUAGCUGCAGAGAUGGGUGAGGUGAACCCUGAGUUUGAGGAAGAAAGUGUUGAGCAGCGAGCUGCACUGGAUGCAGAUAAUGAAGCUUUACGUGGCCGUCUAAGGGCUCCUCAAGAGAAAAUUAUGUACACCCUUGUCCCGGUACCAGAUGGCAUGGAUAUCUCCUCCAUCUUUGAAUUAGACCCCACAACUUUGAGAGGCGGAGAUUCGAUGGUACCCAGGAGUUCCUAUGUGCGGCUAAAACAUUUGUGUACCAACACUUGGGUUCACAGCACCAACAUCCCCAUUGAUAAAGAAGAAGAAAAACCUGUUAUGUUAAGAAUAGGAACUUCAGCAGUGAAAGAAGACAAAGAGGCUUUUGCUAUUGUACCAGUGCCACCAGCAGAAGUGCGGGAUUUAGACUUUGCCAACGAUGCAAGCAAAGUGUUAGCGUCAAUUGCAGGCAAACUAGAAAAGGGUACCAUUACCCAGAAUGAAAGGAGAUUUGUGACUAAGCUUCUGGAAGAUCUAGUUUUCUUUGUCGUGGACAUCCCAAACAGUGGACAGGAUGUUUUGGAAAUUAUGGUGAAUAAACCUAACAGAGAGCGACAGAAACUCAUGAGAGAACAGAAUAUCCUGAAGCAGAUCUUCAAACUUCUCCAAGCCCCUUUCACAGACAGUGGUGAUGGUCCCAUGCUGCGCUUGGAAGAACUGGGUGAUCAACGGCAUGCUCCUUUUCGACAUAUUUGUAGACUUUGUUACAGAGUUUUACGCCACUCUCAGCAGGACUACAGAAAGAACCAGGAAUAUAUAGCCAAGCAAUUUCGCUUCAUGCAGAAACAGAUAGGCUAUGAUGUGCUUGCAGAAGACACAAUAACUGCUCUACUCCACAACAACAGGAAGUUGCUAGAGAAACAUAUCACUGCUGCAGAGAUAGACACAUUUGUCUCUCUUGUGAGGAAAAAUCAUGAGCCAAGGUUUUUGGACUACCUGUCAGAUCUCUGUGUUUCCAUGAACAAAUCCAUCCCUGUGACGCAGGAGCUCAUCUGUAAUGCAGUGCUUGAUCAGACUAAUGCUGACAUCCUCAUCGAAACUAGAUUAGUUUUAUCAAGGUUUGAAGUUGAAGUAAUAACAAAUGGUGAGAAUCCAGUUGAGGCUGAGGACGAAGAGGAGGUGUGGCUAUUCUGGAAGGACAAUUUCAAGGAUGUACGGAGUAAAAGUGUACGAGAGUUGGCCCAGGAUGCAAAGGAGGGUCAGAAGGAGGACCAUGAAGUGGUCAGUUACUACAGGUGCCAACUCAAUCUAUUUGCACGGAUGUGUUUGGACCGUCAGUAUUUGGCAAUCAACAAGAUCUCUGGCCAGUUGGACGUAGAUUUGAUCCUUCGCUGUAUGUCUGAUGAGGACCUGCCCUUUGACUUGCGAGCUUCUUUCUGUCGCCUUAUGCUGCAUAUGCAUGUGGACCGUGAUCCUCAGGAGCAGGUCACACCUGUGAAAUAUGCCCGCCUUUGGUCUGAGAUCCCUUCUCAAAUCACAAUUGACGACUAUGAUAACGAUGGAACCAGCAGAGAUGAGAUCAAAGAGCGAUUUUGCCUCACCAUGGAUUUUGUGGAGAACUAUCUUAGAGAAGUAGUGUCACAAAAUAUUCCAUUCUCUGACAAGGAGAAAAACAAGCUGACAUUUGAGGUUGUGAAUCUGGCAAGGAACCUCAUAUACUUUGGGUUCUACAACUUCAGUGACCUGUUAAGGCUGACAAAGAUAUUGCUGAAUAUCUUGGACUGUGUUCAUGUUAGCACUGCAUACCCCAUCAACAAGAUCGAAAAGGGAGAGCAAAAUAAAGCUGGCAGUAAUGUAAUGAAGUCCAUUCAUGGAGUUGGGGAGCUAAUGACCCAGGUUGUGCUUCGAGGAGGUGGUCUGCUGCACACCACACCAACACAUCAGCCAGAGGGCGAUGUAGUAAAAGCCCAGGCUGAACCAGAGAGAGAAGACAUCAUGGUCAUGGACACUAAGCUUAAGAUCAUUGAAAUUCUGCAGUUCAUCCUAAAUGUUCGGCUAGACUACAGGAUUUCAUGCUUGCUUUGUAUUUUCAAACGAGAGUUUGAUGAAAGCAACCCGCAAUCAGAAACUAAUGCCAGCCAGAAUGGAACCAAUGUCGCAAGUCAGAUGCCAGGAAAUCUUGACUUUGAAAAUAUUGAAGAGCAGGCAGAAGGAAUAUUUGGAGGAAGUGAAGAGAACACUCCUCUUGACCUUGAUGACCACGGUGGACGUACCUUUUUAAGAGUGCUGCUACAUCUUACCAUGCAUGACUACCCUCCACUCGUGUCCGGAGCACUUCACCUGCUCUUUCGACACUUUAGUCAGCGGCAGGAAGUUCUCAUGGCUUUUAAACAGGUCCAACUUCUUGUGACCAGGCAAGAUGUCGAUAACUACAAGCAGAUCAAAUCAGAUCUUGACCAGCUGCGGUCCAUUGUGGAGAAGUCCGAACUGUGGGUUUACAAAAGACAGGGAGAAGAUGGGAUGGACGGGGAUGGACCGUCAGAGUCAGAUAACAAGAAGAAGGGGGAUUCACUUAAUUCUGACAAGAAUAGUGCGGAAAGCACCAGCAACUAUAACUAUAGAGUUGUCAAAGAGAUACUGCUGCGUCUCAGCAUGCUUUGCGUCCAAGAGGGGAGUUCAGGGAAAAAGACUAAGAAACAGCAGCAGAGGCUAUUAAGGAACAUGGGGGCACACUGCGUAGUGCUAGAGCUUCUACAGAUCCCCUAUGAGAAGGGUGAGGAUGUUCGGAUGCAGGAAAUCAUGAAGCUGGCUCAUGAGUUUCUGCAGAAUUUCUGUGCAGGCAAUCAGCAAAACCAAGCUCUUCUUCACAAGCAUAUCAACCUCUUUCUUAACCCAGGGAUUCUAGAGGCCAUUACCAUGCAGCACAUUUUUAUGAAUAACUUCCAACUUUGCAGUGAAAUCAAUGAACGUGUGGUUCAACACUUUGUGCACUGUGCUGAGACGCACGGUCGACAUGUCCAGUACCUUAAGUUUCUUCAAACCAUUGUGAAGGCUGAGAAUAAGUUCAUCAAAAAGUGCCAGGAUGUUGUCAUGGCUGAGCUUGUGAACUCAGGAGAGGAUGUCUUGGUCUUCUACAACGAUCGAGCAUCCUUCCAAACAUUAAUCCAAAUGAUGCGCUCAGAACGAGAACGUAUGGAUGAAAACAGCCCUUUAAUGUACCACAUUCACUUGGUUGAAUUGUUAGCUGUUUGCACUGAGGGCAAAAAUGUCUACACUGAGAUCAAAUGUAACUCCCUAUUGCCUCUGGAUGAUAUUGUACGGGUGGUCACACAUGAAGACUGUAUUCCUGAGAUAAAGAUUGCUUAUAUCAACUUUCUGAACCACUGCUACGUUGACACUGAAGUGGAAAUGAAGGAGAUUUAUACAUCUAACCACAUGUGGAAGCUGUUUGAGAAUUUCUUGGUGGACAUUUGUCGGGUGUGUAACAACACCAGUGACAGGAAGCAUGCAGAUACCAUGCUGGAGUGUUAUGUAACGGAGACCGUCAUGAGCAUCGUCACGUGUUUCUUCAGCUCCCCUUUUUCUGAUCAGAGCACAAGCUUGCAGACUCGACAGCCUGUUUUCGUACAACUGCUGCAAGGGGUUUUCAGAGUAUACCACUGUAACUGGCUUAACCCUGUACAAAAAGCUUCAGUGGAGGCUUGUAUUAAAGUACUCUCAGACGUUGCUAAGAGCAGAGCCAUUGCCAUACCAGUGGAUCUGGACAGUCAAGUGAAUAACUUAUUUGUCAAGUCCAACAAUGUUGUGCAGAAGAGCCUCCUCAACUGGAAACUGUCAGCUAAGAACACUUCACGACGGGAUUCGGGAAUUCCGACCUCCAAAGACUAUCGAAACAUCAUUGAACGGCUGCAGGACAUAGUAUCAGCUCUCGAGGACCGUCUACGGCCGCUGGUUCAAGCUGAGCUCUCGGUGCUCGUAGACGUUCUGCAUCGUCCUGAGCUGCUCUUUCCUGAGAACACAGAAGCUCGCAAGAAAUGUGAAAGUGGAGGAUUCAUAUCAAAGCUAAUCAAACACACAAAGCAGUUGCUGGAGGAGAAUGAGGAGCGUCUGUGCAUCAAAGUACUGCAGACUCUUAGGGAGAUGAUGACGAAGGACCGUGGCUAUAGGGAGAAGGGUGAAGCUUUGCGGCAGAUCUUGGUCAACAGAUACUAUGGGAAUGCAAAAUCUGGACAGAGGAGAGAUAGUCAUACACCCUUCAGCAAUGGUCCAAUAUCUACUGGAGGACAGGGAAAACCUCUCACAGGUGGCCCUGGGGUCGGUGGGCGAGGCGAACUGAGUUUAGCAGAGGUCCAGUGCCACUUGGAUAAAGAGGGAGCUUCUGAUCUGGUUAUUGACCUCAUCAUGAAUGCUACCAGCGAUCGCAUCUUUCAAGAAAGCAUACUGCUUGCAAUUGCCUUACUCGAAGGUGGAAACACAGUCAUCCAGCGCUCGUUCUACCAGCGGUUGACAGGGGACAACAAGUCAGAGAAAUUCUUCAAAGUGUUUAAUGAGCGGAUGAAGCUGGCCCAGCAGGAAAUUAAGGCCACUGUGACUGUGAACACCAGUGAUUUGGGCAACAAGAAGAAAGAUGAAGAACCUCCUGACAAAGACACGCCAGCACGCAACAAAGUCAAGGAUGUGCCACUUGUGGCUGUGGUUACUGAGGAGGUGAAAGAGCAGCUCGUUGAAGCCUCAGCUGCCACCAAAAAAGCCUUUACAACAUACCGCCGUGAGAUUGAAGCUGAAGAGCACCAAGCAGCUGCUGACGGCUCCUCUACAGCAACCGCUGACAAGGGCCAGGAGGAUGGCGAGAUGAGUGUUAUCAUCACCAUCAUGCAGCCCAUCUUGCGCCUUAUGCAGCUGCUGUGUGAGAACCACAACAGAGAUCUGCAGAAUUUUCUACGCAAUCAGAAUAACAAGAACAACUACAACCUAGUUUGCGAGACCCUUCAAUUCCUCGACUGCAUUUGCGGCAGCACUACCGGAGGCCUCGGGCUGCUUGGACUGUACAUCAAUGAGAAGAAUGUGGGACUCAUCAACCAGACUGUGGAGAGCCUCACCGAAUACUGCCAAGGUCCCUGUCAUGAGAACCAGAACUGUAUUGCCACUCAUGAAUGCAAUGGUAUUGACAUUAUCAUAGCACUGAUCCUCAAUGACAUCAAUCCCCUCGGCAAAAAGAGGAUGGACUUGGUGUUGGAACUAAAAAAUAAUGCCUCCAAGCUUCUCCUUGCGAUUAUGGAAAGUCGCCAUGACAACGAGAAUGCUGAAAGGAUACUAUACAACAUGAGGCCUAAAGAGCUGGUCGAAGUGAUAAAAAAGGCCUAUAUGCAGGGUGAGAUAGAAGUUGAAGAGCCUUCGGAAGGUGAUGAAGGAGAAGAGGAACAUUCUGCAUCACCAAGAAAUGUGGGCCACAACAUCUACAUUUUGGCACAUCAAUUGGCCCGUCAUAACAAGGAACUGCAAGCCAUGUUGAAACCAGGGGGCACGUAUGGAGAGGGUGAUGAGGCACUGGAGUUCUAUGCUAAGCACACAGCUCAGAUUGAGAUUGUUCGACUAGAUCGAACCAUGGAGCAAAUCGUUUUUCCUGUGCCCAACAUAUGCGAGUUCCUCACUCAAGAGUCCAAACUACGUGUCUACUACACCACAGAGCGCGAUGAGCAAGGUAGCAAGAUAAAUGACUUCUUCCUGCGGUCCGAGGACCUUUUUAAUGAGAUGAACUGGCAGAAGAAGCUGCGAGCCCAGCCCAUCCUCUACUGGUGCUCCAGGAACAUGUCUUUCUGGAGCAGUAUCUCUUUCAACCUGGCUGUUCUAAUGAAUUUGCUGGUGGCCUUCUUCUAUCCUCUAGAGGGGUUUCGUGGAGGAACCCUGGAACCUCAUCUAUCUGCCUUGCUGUGGAUGGUCAUGCUGAUUUCUCUGGUUAUUGUUGUCAUAUUGCCUCAGCCUCACGGUAUCCGGGCACUCAUUGCCUCCACUAUCUUGCGGCUCAUCUUUUCUGUUGGCCUGGAACCCACACUACUUUUACUAGGUGGUUUUAAUUUAUGUAAUAAAGUCAUCUUCCUGAUGAGCUUUGUUGGCAACCGUGGAACAUUUACGCGAGGCUACAGAGCCAUGAUCAUGGAUGUGGAGUUCCUGUACCACCUGCUGUACCUGAUUAUCUGCACCCUGGGCGUCUUCGUGCAUGUCUUCUUUUAUAGCCUGCUACUCUUCGAUCUGAUAUACAGAGAAGAGACCUUACUGAAUGUUAUAAAGAGUGUGACUCGCAAUGGCCGCUCUAUUGUUCUGACAGCAGUGCUUGCUCUUAUACUUGUUUACCUCUUCUCUAUUGUGGGCUACAUUUUCUUCAAAGACGAUUUCAUUUUAGCUGUCGACAGGAUACCCAACAAAUCUCUGGAUUUAGGAGCCAGUAUUAUGGGCCAGUUCUUUUCGGGUGGAGUGUGUCACAAAGAAAAUGGAGGAAACUGUUCGGCCGAAGCUCCUUCUCUUGCUAUUCAGCCCUCUGCAGUGGUGAUAGAGGACAAAGAACGAACCUGUGAUUCCUUACUCAUGUGCAUUGUCACAGUAUUGAGCCACGGCCUGAGGAGUGGAGGAGGUGUUGGGGAUGUACUCAGGAAGCCAUCUAAAGAGGAGCCGCUCUUUGCAGCCAGGGUGAUCUAUGAUCUGCUGUUCUUCUUCAUGGUUAUCAUUAUAGUUCUCAAUCUCAUCUUUGGUGUCAUUAUUGAUACAUUCGCUGACCUGAGGAGUGAAAAGCAAAAGAAAGAGGAAAUCCUGAAGACAACAUGUUUCAUUUGUGGUCUGGAGAGAGAUAAAUUUGACAAUAAGACUGUAACCUUUGAAGAGCACAUCAAAGUUGAGCACAACAUGUGGCACUACCUAUUCUUCAUCGUUCUGGUGAAGGUCAAAGAUUCGACUGAGUACACUGGACCUGAGAGCUAUGUGGCUGAAAUGAUCAGGGAGCACAACCUGGACUGGUUCCCCCGGAUGAGGGCCAUGUCAUUGGUCAGCAGUGAUGCCGACGGGGAGCAGAAUGAAAUUCGAAGCCUCCAGGAAAAGCUGGAGUCCACCAUGAAACUCGUGUCCAACCUCUCUGGCCAGCUGACUGAGCUCAAGGAACAGAUGACUGAACAGAGAAAGCAAAAGCAGCGCAUUGGCCUGCUGGGACAUCCGCAACACAUGAACGUAAACCCUCAGCAGCCUGCGUAG